CGCGUCCCCGCGCGGCUCCACCUGACGGCGUCAGGGCGAAAGUGCAACAAGAAUUUCAACAAUCAAAAUCACAUACAAAGAAGACACCAGUAUUUUUCUGCUGAGAAUUAGCUACAAGAUUCAGAGUUCCCCYGGCCUUGCUGUCCCACCUGCUACCUUUUCCUAAGACAGGACAUGGAGCUGUGGGACCUUUCUUCCCUGUAGGUGCUAAUGAAGUUACUUAUUUUACCUGAGGAAAUGCAGAUCUGUGAAAUUCCGUUUUGUGCAAGUCGUUGUUAACUGUUGGCAAUGUCUAUGAUUUUAUCUGCCUCUGUGGUCCGUGUGAGGGAUGGACUCCCACUGUCUGCAUCUACCGAUUAUGAACAAAGUUCAGGAGUGCAAGAAUGUAGGAAAUAUUUUAAAAUGCUCUCAAAGAAACUUUCUCAACUUCCUGAUAGAUGUACUCUGAAAGCUGGACAGUAUAACAUAAACUUUAUCAGUUCUCUGGGAGUGAGCUAUAUAAUGCUGUGCACUGAAAAUUAUCCCAAUGUCCUGGCUUUCUGCUUCCUGGAUGAGCUUCAGAAGGAGUUCAUUACUACCUACAAUAUGAUGAAGACAAACACUGCUAUCAGACCGUACUGUUUUAUAGAGUUUGAUAAUUUCAUUCAGAGGACCAAACAGAGAUACAACAACACGCGCUCUUUGUCCACGAAGAUGAAUCUUGCUGACAUGCAGACAGAAAUCAAACUGAGGCCACCUUACCAACUGUCGGUGUCGGAGCUCAGUUCUGCUAACGGAUUUGCACACUUGUCUGCUGUAGAUUAUAAGGGUACUGGUAAGAUUGCUGCUGCUCCUCAUCAGCGCCUGGAUCCUGUAACUCUGCCAGGGAUUGUCUCAUUUGUACUUAGUCUGUUGUGUGGGGCUCUGAAUUUAAUUCGUGGCUUUCACGCCAUUGAAAGUCUUCUACAGAACGAAGGUGAAGACUUCAGUUAUGUUAUUGCAUUUUUUCUUGGAACAGCAGCCUGUUUGUAUCAGUGUUACCUGUUUGUGUACUACACAGGUUGGAGGAAUGUCAAAUCCUUCCUGACUUUUGGGCUCAUUUGCCUGUGCAACAUGUAUCUGUACGAACUGCGCAAUCUGUGGCAGCUCUUCUUCCACGUGACUGUGGGAGCUUUUUCUACGUUACAGAUACGGCUGAGACAACCACAGGGCAAGUCCCCAGAUUACAACGUCUGACAAGUCCUGGAACGUUUCAAGGCAACCUUGUUCCAACAGUUAUUCACUCAGGAAUGUAAAGCUGUUCUCUAAAAGAAGAAGCUGCCCGGAUGGGACUUUUUAUUUGUUUUGUUCUUUGUGGGUUUUGUUUCGUUUUGUUUUAUAAAGCAGUGUAAGAUGCCUGUGGACGUUUUUCACAUGAUGGUUAAACGUCUUUAUAAAGGAGAACUGAGGACACAAAAGAAUACAGGGAGGAAAAUGGGUCAUAUUCAUCCAGUGAACGGUACUGGAGGCACCAGGUUUGGAGAAUUUGACUAGUGGCAUGAAAAAGCUUUAUUGAAAAGGGUCUAAAUGGAAGGGAURUAUUAAGAGUAUAUGUCCUGCAUAUCAUGCAAGCUCUUCCAAAAUAAAUUUUGCCUUUGUAAGGCAGUAGGGGAGUAGGCUAAACAAAACAAAAAGCUAUUGCCUAUUAGAAAUCUGUAGCUGAAAUGUGUAAGAUGCUGCAUUUUGGAACAUUUUCACAUUGACUGGGCAUGAAAGGUUUCUAAAUUCAAAAAUGUAACCUGGAAACUCCACAGUUUCUAGGGAUCAGCUCUUUGGCACUAGUGGUCCUCUGCCUAGUGCUGUAAAUACCUGCACAUUUUUUUGCAUUUGUUUAAUUUGCUUCUGUGUAUCUUUUGAAAGUCAUCUCCGUGGCCGUGGUCCGUUUUCAGUAAGUAUCCAACAAAAUCAGCCGUUUAACCCCCUGUGUUUGCACUCGUCCUCUGUGUGAACUCUGCAAAACUUGGAAGGAAACGGGCUGGUGAGUCAAUGGAGUGACUUCCAUUUCUUGGCUUUUCUUUUUAUUAUUUUUGAAAAGGAUAAAUAAUUAGCUGAAACCCUAUAUAAGCAACUGAUGACAAAUAAUAAAUCAGGCUAAUUAGCUUGAACAAGAAAAGCACAGGAAUUUUGUUUCUUUGGUUUUGUUUUAUUGUGCCGGAAUAGCACUUCCCUGAUCUGCGCUUGUGUCUGAGAGAACAGUUACAUAUUGGCAGAAGUUUGUGAAUUAACCAGUAAGCAACAAACACUUAGAAARGAGAAUUGCAGCCACACAGGACUGUCACAUCAUUGAGAUUUUCUUUUUAAAGUUUUCCUUCAGUUAUUUGUUGAUGCUUCAUAAUGUACAAAUAGGCAGGUAUAGAUGGGUUUUUAUAUGUGGAGUAAGGGAAGAGUUUGCUGAAGUGCCAGAAAAGUUUUAAUGGCCGAGAGGUUGCAGUGGCACUUGUGGUGUUGGAUCYGGACUGGCAGGGUUUGGCGGUGCCACCAGGCAUUGCUGCUGGUGGAUUCCUGAGGCCACUUCCGUCAAGCAAGUUAUUUAAGGUCAGAUGAUGGUAAAGGAGUUGGAUACUUUUUUUUUCUUUUUAAAGGAUAUGUUGGCAAGAAAAUCUAGGUACCUUGAGGUCAAGAGGAAUUAGAGAAUGAAAUUGCAGUCCUAAGCGAGCAGUAUUUAUUAUGCUAUUUAUAACGUCUGCCAGUACAGCUGUAUAUAUAUUAUCAUAAUCAUUAUCAGAAUGUCUGUUUCUCGGACUAGUAUGUGUGCUUGGCACCAUGCAGGUACCCUGGUGUGCAGCAGCAUCCAYGCUGGGUGUUGCAGGGGCUGUGUUGUGCUAAUAAGGCUCUUUCCUGCCAGGAAAGUAGAGCAGUGCCUUCA